CUCGUGUAAAUAGUUCCUGACUCGGCUCACCAUUUAGCGAGAUUUCAACUAGGUUAGUGGUGGAUGGAAACAAGAAAGUCUUGGAACAACACCGUUAAUGUAUGUCGAAUUUAUAAUGGACAACAGCUAUAGUGCACUGCUUGUUUUUGUGGCUAUAUUUGUCCAUUUGACUAAACCAAAUUAUCAUCUGAAAUUUACAGAUGAAGCCAGUGGCGGAAAUCAGUGCUAGCUAGCUAGCCAGACCCCUCCGUCAGUGCACAGUAAAAGUCUUCUCUGUCAGAAGGCUGAAUAUGGCUUCUGUUGUGGAAAGGGGAAUGUCUUUUCUCAUGAAGAAACAUGUUCACUUCACUGUUUCCCUUGCCGUGCGCUUGGUCCUGGUUUUUUAUGGCGUGUAUCAGGACAAGACGAUGGUGGUCAAGUACACUGAUGUAGACUACCAUGUUUUCACGGAUGCAGCGAGAUUCAUCACUCAGGGAGAAUCUCCGUACAGACGUCCCACCUACCGCUACACACCCCUGCUAGCCUGGCUUCUCACCCCUAAUAUCUACCUCAACCCCAUGUUCGGGAAGCUGCUCUUCGUGGCCUGUGACCUCCUUUCCGGCCUCCUCCUCCACCACAUCCUUUGCCUACGGGGGUCCGAUGGCGCGGCCGCCAGUCGUGUCACCUCUCUCUGGCUUCUCAAUCCACUGCCCGUCGGGGUGUCGACCCGAGGUAACGCCGAGUCGCUCCUGGCAGCCCUGGUUCUGGGAACGCUGCUCUGCUUGGAGCGAAGGCGUCUAGGGCCUGCGGCGGCUCUGUAUGGGUUGUCGGUCCAUAUGAAGAUCUACCCGGUGACCUACGCCCUACCACAGGAGAAGGAGGGAGGGGGCAUCAGGAAGGGUGGAGAGGAGACGGGGACAGAGGGGAGAUGGAAGAACAGGUGGAGGAAAGGGGUGGGGUUGCUCAGACUUUUUUUCUGUAAGGAUCUGCUCCUCUUCGGUGGUAUAGCUGGAGGAGUGUUCUGUGGGCUGACUGCUUUGUUCUACUACAUGUAUGGCUGGAACUUCCUCUUUGAGACCUACCUGUACCACCUGACCAGAAGAGACAUCCGCCACAACUUCUCCCCAUAUUUCUACAUGUUGUACCUUACUGCAGACAGCCCCUGGAGUCUGCAUCUGGGACUGGCAGCCUUCAUCCCCCAGGUCUUCCUCCUCUUCCAAGUCUCCCUGGCUUUCUACUCUGACCUGCCUUUUUGCUUCUUCCUGCACACCGCCAUCUUUGUGUCCUUCAACAAAGUCUGUACCUCACAGUAUUUCCUGUGGUACCUGUGUCUACUUCCUGUGGUCAUCCCACGUCUGAGGAUGUCCGUAAAGAGGGGAGUUGGGCUGCUGGUCCUCUGGUUUGCUGGACAGGCUAUGUGGUUGGCUCCGGCAUACCUCCUGGAGUUUGAGGGCUACAACACGUUCCGGGAGAUAUGGCUGGCUGGACUGCUCUUCCUGGUUAUAAACUGUUUCAUCAUGGACCAGAUCAUCUCCCACUACCAAGCAAAGCACCCUGCUCUGAGACAGAAGACUGACUGAUUAUGUCAUACUUACUGCACCAGCUUGGGUCAGUUCAACCACCAUGCCUGCCUGUAGAAGAUUAUAAAUCUGACUUGGAGGAGGAGAAUGGAACCUGCAGGAGCAGAACUAAAGGGGGAGGAACACAGACCUAGAGGAGGAGGAACAGCAACCCUAAAGGAGGAGGAACAGCAGAACUACAGGAGGAGGAACAACAGACCAAGAGGA